AUGAAUGUUUUAAGGAAUCCAUUAGCUGAUAUUAAUCACGGUACACAAAUACCUGGAUUAAAACAAAAGUUUCGAACUUAUGAUAUAUCUUCUGGUUUAGAAUCUUUUGAUGCAUUAUUUGGUGGUUCUAUACCUUGUAGUAGUAUUAUUGCAUUAGAAGAAAAUAAUUCAUCAGAGUACUCUGAAAUACUAGUUAAAUAUUCAAUUGGUGAAGGAAUUUCUCAUGGUCAUAAAAUUUUUAUUGCUUCAUCUGAUGGGCAAAAUUUACAAAAUUUAAAAAAUGGUUUACUUGACAAGAUACCAGGAAUAUCAAAAUGUAAAGAAGAUAACAAAGAUGUUAAUGAAAAAAUGCCAACACAUGAUGAUAGAAUGCAAAUUGCUUGGAGAUAUCAUUCUCUAAAUCAAAUUGAUAGUUCAUUAGCUAAAAGCCAUCGUUUAGAUAUUCAUGAUACAAUGGCAGAAGAAGAAGUUGUAGGAGGAGAUAUUAUUGGAUAUGUUUCUGAAAAUCCAACAUAUCAAGAAUUAUGGAAUUUUUUAAAACAUAAUAUUCUUAAAAAUGAAGUUAUUAAAAAUAGGAAAGGGGCAUGUCGAAUAAUUAUUGAUAAACUAGGUUCAUAUGCUGACACAACGGAUAAUUUGAUAAAAUUUCUUAGACUUCUUCAAAUGUAUACAAGAGGUCUUCAUUGUCUUAUCUAUUUAACAUAUAAUGGAGAUGUUUUAGAAAAAAAUAUGUUAGAUGCAAUUUUAGAUAUUUCAAAUGCUGUAUUUUCACUUAUUGCCUAUGAACAUACACGUGGUUUAUUUGAUAAAUUUAAUGGAAGAUUACUAAUAAAAAAACUUCCAUGUAUAACAUCAGUUAGUCCUUUUAAACCCCGUAGUGUUGAUCUUGUUUUUCAAAAACACAAAAGAUACCUGGAAAUUAGAGUUUUCCAUCUUCCACCUUCACUUGGUGUUGAAGAUGAUAUUGGUGCAAAAAAGGAUAAUUCAGUUAGUAUUAAAAGAAAACAUCCAACUGGCAAUAGAUGUACUAUGAUUGAAGAUGAAUUUUGA